AUGUUUGCAGAAGGAGCAUCCAAGUAUUACCGACCAGGAGACUACCUUAUCAGUGGCGUUGUUUCCGCACAGCAUUUUCAGCAUCAACAGCUCUAUGACUUCUAUGAGUCCCCCCUGAAUCGGAUUGAGAGUUUUCUACUUCUGAGGUACUGGCGCAUCUUGUCCUUCUUGUUUUCCAUCCGUGAGAUCAAUCAGAACCCCUGGCUCUUACCCAACAUCAGCCUGUGCUACGACAUCUAUGAGAGACAUAUUGAUGGAAGAACAACUUCCUAUGCCAUGCUUGACCUGCCUGCUGCUGGGGAGCACCACCUUCCCAACUUCAGCUGUGGGAGGAAAAAGAACCUGCUGGCCAUUCUUGAAGGAACUGAAUUAGAUAUAUCCACUCUUAUUUCAGCCAUGUUGGGCAUCUACAAAAUUCCUCAGGUGGUGCCUCAUUCCAGGUGCGUGGAGAGCUGUCGCCCAGGUUAUUUCAAGGAGACCCAGGAAGGGAAGCUGGCCUGCUGCUAUGCUUGUGCUCCAUGUGCAGAAGGGACCAUCUCCACUCAGGAAGAUUCAGAGCAGUGCAGCAGGUGUCCUCAAGAUCAGCACCCGAACAAGCACCAAGAUAAUUGUGUCCCUAAGAGAAUUACCUUCCUCUCCUAUGAGGAACCUUUGGGGAUCAUCCUGACCUUCUUUGCCCUAAUUUGGAUUUUAAGCUCAGGCUUUACAUUUGGAAUCUUCAUUAAAUUCCAAGAAACUCCAAUAGUCAAAGCCAACAACAGAAACCUCUCCUACAUUCUCCUUGUCUCCCUCCUGCUUUCCUAUAUGUGUUCCUUCCUGUUCAUUGGCCAGCCAAGCAAAGCAACUUGCCUGCUCCGACAAACAGCUUUCAGCAUCAUCUUCUCAGUUGCCACCUCGAGUGUGUUGGCCAAAACCAUCACUGUGGUGCUGGCCUUCCUGGCCACCAAGCCAGGGAACAGGGUGAAGAGGUGGCUGAGGAAGAGCUUGGCCAAUGCCAUUGUCAUUUUCUGUUGCAGUGUCCAGGUUGUCAUCUGCUCCAUCUGGCUGGGCAUCUCUCCACCCUACCCACACUCUGACAUGUACUCCCAGCCUGGACACAUCAUCCUACAAUGCAAUGAAGGGUCUCUCACAAUGUUCUACAUUGCCCUCAGCUACUUGGGCUUCCUUGCUACCGUCUGCUUCACAGUGGCUUUCCUAGCCAGGAAGCUGCCAGGAGCCUUCAACGAAGCUAAGCUGAUCACGUUCAGCAUGCUGGUCUUCUGCAGUGUCUGGGUGUCCUUUGUGCCAACCUACCUGAGCACAAAGGGGAAGUAUAUGGUUGCAGUGCAGGUCUUCUCCAUCUUGGCUUCCAGUGCUGUGCUGCUGUGCUGCAUCUUUCUUCCCAAGUGCUAUAUCAUUGUCAUUAGGCCUGAUCUGAAUAAGAAGGAAAUUCUCAUGAUCAAAAGCGAAGAUACCAUCUGA